GUGAAACAAAACAAAGAGAGGGAGAGAAAUAAGAGAUUGGUUGAAUGAGGAGAAUAUAGUGAAGGAGGCAAAUGAGGCGUAGCUGAAUAAAGAGAGAGAAUGAGGAAAGAAAAGAGCGAAACUGACGCCAAAGGACCUUGUUUAUGGAUUAUUUUUUUUUGUCGGGUUUUGUUUUUUUUUUUUUUUCUUUUCUUUUAACACGUGGGGGGAAAGUGUGAUUUUUUGACGUGAAAAUUGUUAACCUUCCACUUUGGCAUUGCGAUCGAUUUAUUCCAUUGUUGUACGCCGGGUGCGACAGAUAAUCCUACCGGAGGUUAUGUAUCUCGAAAGUAAAGUGUUAUAAAGACGCUGUGAACUUUGAAAAAAAAAAAGUCUCGCACGUGUGACGACGCUCGAUUUUGAUUGCAUCUUGCAUUUGUCGUCGUCGUCGUACAAGGCGUAAACAUAGGCUGAAGUCCCCCCCUGAGUGCAAAAUAGCAUUCGAGGUUGUAAACAAGUGCCUGUGAGUAUGUGUGCGCAUGGAUUGCUGUGCCUCUGGCGCGUGACGUAAUCCAUUCAGCUUACUACGCAAUACGAGACGCGGCAUAUCCUCGCGAUCAGUUUCCUCUCUCACUCGUUUUUUCUCUCUCUCUCUCCUGUAUCCACUGGACAUUAUAUGUUUGUAUUGUGACUUCCAUGAUUUAUAUGCAGCCAGGAAGCGGAUGUGUGUAGGAUAAAAAAAAAAAUUUAUUUUCCCAUGAUUAAUCAUUUGAAUGAUAUUUCAGCAAUUUUUUUUUUUUUUUUUAUAAAACGUGUGUUCUGGAAUUUUAUUUUGUAGAGUCAAAUGUAGCCCGUGAAUUUCUCUCGAAUUUUCCUUCUUGCUUUAUAGGACUGCGCUUCUCCUCUCUUUUUUCUCUGUCUCUGUCUGUCUCUCUUUUUCUCUCUCGGUUGCCUUGAAGUCGUGACCCCUGAGAUGAGCCGCCUCUUUUCGGAGACGCAUUUUUCCAAGAAGGGAAAGGUUAAGUUGUUUGUUUCUUUCUCGUGGAAGCAUUGCUUCGUGUCGUGAAAUCAAUUUACAAGAGAAUUCCUAAAUAUAUUUUUAACUGAAUAAUGAUAAAAUGAAAAUAUUUUUAUUUAAGUGAAAACAAAAUUUAAUAUUGAAUUUUUAAAAAUGGAAUUAAAUUUUUUUUAAAAUAUCAAUAAAUUUUGAUGAAAAGAGGAAAAAAAAAUAAUUUAUCUUUUUUUUCCUUUGCAACAAUAUUGGAGAAGUGAAAAUAAAUUUCUUGUUUUCUUUUUUUUACGUCACGUUAUUCACGAGCUGUGAAAUAAAUUUGCAUUUGCGGUGAAAGCAGAUGGCAUAUCCAGUCAUGAAGACCAAGAAAUUUUUCAUCUUCAAUAAAAAGCUACUUUAGGGGAGGAAACGUUCCAAAGUAAUUGACCCCGCGCGAGGAAAGUUGCGAUGAAAUUCUCAAUGGAAGUCAAUUUGCUUUGAGAGAGAAAGAAGAAGAAAAAGAAGAAGACGCGCGUGUCUGUGUGUUUGUGCUUUUGUUUUUUCUUUUAUUUAUUUUUUUUUCUCCUCGCCUUGUUUCUUCUUAUUGAAGAAUCUAUGUGGCGCGUGGGUAGACGCAUGUGCAUGUGCAUGCCAGUGCAUCAAUGUAAUGAAGUGAUUAGAGUAGUGGGUUUAUCGACGAUUCAAUGCCGGAGAGAAACUGUAUCAAUCGGAACACGUCAAAAACCGCGUGUGGAAGACAGCGGUCAAACUUCUCGACAUCUUCAGACAACGUCUUAAUCUUGAGAACGUUUCAGUGUAUAUGAUGCGCUCAAUAAUCUAUAUUUAAAAUUUUGUUUUUGUUAUUAUUAUUAUUAUUAUUAUUAUUAGAAUUAGAAUUAUAAUUAUUAUUAUUAUCAUCAUUGUUGUUGUGUUGUGAGAUAUCGAUCAAUUUAAAAACAAAAAAUAAUAAUAAAGAAAAAAAAAAAACCAAAUCGGAGUUAUUAGGAUCAAAAGACUUUGCAUAUAUAGCAAUAGUCAGGAUCCAUGAGGAGGAGAAAAUGAAAACGAAGAAGCAAUUAUUCAUUGUUCUGUGUGUCCUUUUGACCUCGUGUGUCAUCUCCGUGGAGAACUUGCCCGAUAAGAGCGAGUUUAAACCUCUCACCAAUAAGGAUAUAUCCUUGUCAAAGGAAAAUGGGGACUUGGAUUUUUCUAAUGAACUUAAAAAUGCCUUUCACGAUUUCAAUGAAAGAGAUGACAAGAUUCGAGACAAAGAUAAUUUUAACAAGGGAACACUCAUUUACAGAUACAGGCGGGCCAUCGAUUCUUCAAGUUCCUUAGAGUCGUCUGUGGGUAAACAUGGACAGCAAACAGUAUCCGAGAAGCAGCAUAAAAAGAAUUCCAUAUCGAAAGAAAGAACUCGCGAUAAAAGCCAUAGAAGUUUUCCAAAUGUCACUUCUGUCGAUGGUAUUUGUCCAAGUAUCGAUAUCAGAAAUAAUGUUUCUUAUUUUAAAAUUCUAAAAGAUUGCCAAGUUAUUGAAGGUUUCCUGCAAAUUGUUCUUAUUGAAAGAUUCAAUGAGACAGACUUUCAGAAAUAUGAAUUUACAAAAUUACGUGAAAUCACAGGUUAUUUAUUACUUUAUCGAGUAAAUGGUCUAAAAAGUCUCAGUAAAUUAUUUCCAAAUCUCGAAGUUAUCAGAGGAGAUACAUUAUUGACGGAUUAUGCAUUCAUGAUAUACGAAAUGCAAAAUCUCCAGGAGAUUGGAUUGAAAAAAUUGACGAGAAUUUCACGUGGAGCAGUUCGUAUUGAGAAAAAUCCAUCUUUAUGUUACACCACUACACUUGAUUGGAAUGCCAUUGUUGUAGCUGGUGAAAAUACUAUCAAGGAUAAUAUGAACGAAUCUUCUUGUCCUGGUUGUUCUCAAUGCCCUGGGGGACACUGUUGGGCUACGCAACUUUGCCAAGAAACUCAGAAACCCGAGAAAUGUCAUCCACAGUGUCUCGGUGAUUGUAAAGGUACAACUGACAGUGAUUGCUAUGUUUGUAAACAUUAUCGCCAUAAAGGAAAAUGCAUUGAAAAAUGUCCACCUGAUUUAUACUCAUAUCUGUCACGAAGGUGCAUUACAAAAUCCGAAUGCUAUCAAAUAUCGAAAAGUCGUAAAAGUUAUGAAGAAAAUUUUCAUAAGUGGCGACCAUUUCAACAAUCUUGUAUUAUGCAGUGUCCAGAUGGUUAUGAGGAUUACAUCGAUGAGCAUAAUGUGACAUCGUGUCGUGAUUGUGAGGGACGUUGUCGAAGAGUCAUCAGUGGAGCAAUUAUUCAUCAUAUAUCUGAUGCUCAAAUAUUUCGCGGCAUAUCAGUUGUGAAUGGAGCAUUAGAAUUUCAAAUACGAAGCGGAAGUCCAAAUAUUAUGAAUGAAUUGGCUGUUGCCUUUGGUCAAAUUGAAGAGAUAACUGGCUAUUUAAAAAUAACACAUUCAUUUCAUAUAACAAAUUUGGGUUUUUUUAAGAAAUUAAAAAUCAUCAAAGGCGAAAUACUCGAUAUUAAUAAUUCAAGUCUUGUGAUUCUUGAUAAUCCAAAUUUAUCUGAUUUAUUUAAUAAAAAUCAACAACUCAAAAUAUUAAAUGGUAAGCUAUUUUUUCAUUAUAAUUCAAAAUUAUGUUUACAAAAAAUUUAUGAUCUAAGUAAAAUGCUUGGAAUGCCAGAGCCAAGUGAUUUGGAAGUACAACCAAUAUCAAAUGGUGAUAAAGUUGCUUGUGAAAUUGUUGCAAUAAAUAUGACUGUUGGUAAACUUGGUUCUGAUUAUGCUGUACUACAAUGGAAUAGCUAUACGCCACAUGCAAAUCAAUUACUAUUGAGUUAUCUUUUAAAUUACAUUGAAACUGACAUUAAUAAUGUCACAUACGAGGGUAAUUCAUGUAGUAAUAAUACUUGGCAAAUUAAGGAUGUAGAAAAUCCAAAUAUUAAUUCAAGUAAAGAAUCAAUAGUCUCAAAGCCAAUAACAAAUUUAAAACCCUAUACAAAAUAUGCCGUUUAUGUAAAAACAUUUACGGCAAGAAGAAAAGAUAAGGAAUAUUCAAGUGUUGUUGGACAAUCGAAAAUUAUUUAUUUUCGUACAAAAAGUGAUGUACCAUCAAUACCAACGAAUGUUGUCACAAAUUCAUUAAGUUCAAGUGAAAUUUUAAUCACCUGGAAUCCACCAAUUGAAACAAAUGGACCAAUUGGUUAUUAUAUUAUUUCUGGUUUUAUGAGACCCGAUAAUGAUGAACUUGCAUUGGAGAGAAAUUAUUGUGAAAAUGGUUUAAUUGACAAUGAUAAUGAUGAAAUGGAAGAGUCACCGGAAAUAAUGUUUAAAACAAUAGUUACCGAUUCAUCGACAUCAUGCUGUUCAAAGGGUAAUGAAAAAAUUGUACAAUCAAAAAAAUUUGAAAUAUUUUGUCAGGGAGCAACAAUUAUAAAUCAUUGGUCACCGGGUAGAAAGAAUUAUUGUCGUUCAAAUGAACAGGGAUUAACAUCGGGUUAUCAUGAUAAUAGUUUUAUUUUUAAUAUUACUGCUGAAAAUAAUUCACAUAAAUUAACAAAAUUACAACAUUUUACCGUUUAUACAAUAUCAAUAGCGGCAUGCGGUGAAAUUGGUAAAAAUGAAAUGCCAAUGUGUUCACAAACAGUUUAUAGUACAAUACGAACGAAUAGUACAAAAUAUUUUGAUAAUGUUCGUAAUGUACGUGCACAUGAGAGAAAUCAUGCUAAUAGCAGUUCAGUAAUUGUUUAUUGGGAGCCAGCGGAAAAUCCAAAUGGAAUUAUUGUCUCAUAUAUUAUUGAAUAUAUUAAUAUUGAUGUAAAAGAUGCAAAAAAAGUUAGUGAAUGUGUGAAUAUUAAAAAUUAUCGUGAAAAACGUGGUGCUUAUGAAAUUAAAGAUUUAAGUCCAGGAAGAUAUAAUUUUCGUGUUAGAUCAACAUCAUUGGCUGGUAAUAGUGAAUUUUCUAAUGCAAUACAAGUGUCAGUUGGUCUUAAGGAGAAUAAUUCAUUGACAAUUGCAAUUGUAUUGCCAUUGGCAUUAUUUUUUGCCGUCACUGUAUUUAUUUAUUUACUAUUUCGUAGUCAUCAAAAGAAACGAAGUCAAGAGAGAUUAUUUGCAAGUGUUAAUCCUGAUUAUAUGGAGACAAAAUAUAUUGUUGACGAAUGGGAAAUUGAAAGAAGUCGUCUUGUUGUUGGACCUGAAUUGGGACUUGGUAAUUUUGGUAUGGUUUGUAGUGGUAAAUUAGAUGGUGAUGUUGAUGUGGCUAUUAAAACAAUUCCAAAAACAGCGAAUGAUAGAGAGAAAAAUGAAUUUUUAAAUGAAGCAUCGGUGAUGAAAAAUUUUUCAUCAUAUCAUAUUGUGAAAUUAUUGGGCGUUAUAUCGGUGGGAAUGCCAACUUAUGUUGUUAUGGAAUUAAUGCAUAAUGGUGAUUUGAAAUUGUAUUUAAGGGGGAUACGUGAUACGCCAGCAGUGCCCGAUACACCGCAAAUGAUAAGAAUGGCAGCCGAAAUUGCUGAUGGAAUGGCGUAUCUUGAAUCGAAAAAAUUUGUUCAUCGCGAUUUAGCAGCGAGAAAUUGUAUGAUAUCAAAAAAAUUAGUAUGUAAAGUUGGCGAUUUUGGUAUGGCGCGCGAUAUUUAUGAAACUGAUUAUUAUAAAAUUGGACAAAAAGGUUUAUUACCAGUGAGAUGGAUGGCGCCUGAAAAUUUAUCCGAUGGUGUAUUUACAUCUGAUUCUGAUGUUUGGUCAUUUGGCGUUGUUCUUUAUGAGAUUGUGACAUUAGCCGAAUUGCCAUAUCAGGGCUAUUCAAAUGAGGAUGUUCUUGAUUUUGUAUUACGUAAGGGAACACUCAGUAUUCCACGUUAUUGUCCUGAUAGUGUGAAGAAAUUAAUUGAAAAAUGUUUCAAAUGGAAGCCAAGUGAGAGGCCAACAUUUAUGGAAAUUGUCGGUGAAUUGGAAUCAUUAUUGUCGCAAGAUUUUUGUGAAAAUUCAUUUUAUCAUUCCGAGGAGGGCGUUGAAAUACGUAAACUUGGAAUAAAAAAAGUUUAUCAACCAUCGGCGCCAGUACGUUUUCAUUGGGGUAAUGAAACAGCGAGAUGGAUUAAAGAAUUUGAGGAUAAUGUCACGCUAUUGGAUCAAAGUACGAGUAGUAGGGGGAGAAUAUUUAAAAAUGGUUUUCAACAUUUUGGUAAUGUAACAAAUUUAGAGGAUGUACCAUUGGAUCGGUGAGAUUCAUUGAAUCAUUUUCUCCCAAAGACUGAAUCUUACAGUGUAUGAAAAAAAAAAAAAUAUAUAUAUAUAUAUUAUUAUGAUUCGUAGUCAAGGUUUAUGUACAAAUUGAUACUCAGGGCAACGCGAUAGGCAUCACAAAACCAAUCUUGGCAUAGAAUCAUAGACUUAAAAUCGCUUCCAAUUAUUUAUGUCUUAUUUUAUUUUUUUUAUUUCAGCGGACCAAAAGCACAUUUCUAUUUAAAAAAAAAAAAAAAAAAACAAAAAAACAAAAAAAAAAGUCUGAAUUUUAAGUGGUUUCUUUUUAUAGAAUCCACAGUGUGUACCUGUGAAAAUAUGUUCAUUAGGACAAAAAAGAAAAAGAAAAAAAAAAGUUCUCUCUUAUUUGAGAAUGUACAUACAUGCAAUUCUAAAGUAUACGAAAAUAAUGUUGACAUUGAAAUGUAACAUUUGAUGCAAAGGCUUAUAUUUAUAAGUAGGUUAAUUUAUUUUGCUUUGAGGUGAACUCGUUUUUUUUCUUGAUAUAAACUUUUGAUUUUCUAUAAGAAUUAUUUUUUUUCCAUCUAAAUUAUUCGUAAUUUAUAUUAUUAUACAAAAAAAAGAGAAAAUAUUAAAAAACAAUCGAGUUGUCAGUUAAAUUCAUAACGUUUAUGAUCAACGAUUUAGAAAAAAUAUUUGCAAAUUAUAAUAAUUUUUUAAUUAAAAAAAUUUUUUGCAUCGUUUCUUGAUUAAUAAUAAUAAUAAUAAUAAUAAUAAUUUAUUUUAUUGUAUGCCUUUUAUAAAGGCCCUUACAAUUUCCAUAUUUCUUGAUUAAAAAUUUUUUGACGAAAACAUUUUUGGCAAAAAAUUAAUUGUUAGUUUUCAAGUGGAAAAUCUAUUUUUUUUCACUCGUUGAUAGUUGACGUUGUGAAUUUCACUGACGUGAAAAGGGGAGGAAUAUUUUAAUUUUUAACGAACGAACGCGGAGAUUAUUUGGCAAACAAAAAAAAAAAAAAACAAA